AUGGCGGAUGCGGAGCAGGAGGCGGAGGGCGGCAGCGAGGAGGGCGGCGGCGGCGCGCGCCCGGCUCCCCCCGGCCCGAGCGGCCGCGCCGCGCGCGUGGCCCCGCUGGGCCCCGAGCAGCUGCGGCGGGUCCUGGAGCAGGUGACGAAGGCGCAGCCGCGCGCCGAGCCACCGCCGCCGCCCUUCGUGCUGCAGGACGCGGCGCGGCGGCUGCGGGACGCGGCCCAGCAGGCCGCCCUGCAGCGAGGCCCGGGCGCCGAGCCCCCGCGCCCGCCGCGCUUGCUGCCGCCCCAGCAACUGGAAGCCAUUUGUGUCAAGGUAACAUCUGGAGAAGCCAAAGGUCAGGAGAGGUCGAUGCCCCCGCUGGCCGCCAUCCAUCCACUGAGCCAGUUGCCCGGGAGCUUCUCUGGCGUGUUGGGACUCGGGGUGGCCGGCCCCCAGCUGCUUGGGACACAGCCCCUCCCCAGUGCCGCGCCUCAGCCCUGCUUCCUGAGUAGCUCACCUCAGCCUCCCGUCCGGCUAUUGGUACAGCGGCCGCUGCCUGCCCUCCAGCCCAUCCCCGCGAAGAGAGGGGUGGCCUCCGAGGCUCCAGAUGGACAGGGCGUCCCUUUGUCAGCCUCUCGCCCACCGGCAGUGACAUCAGUUCCCCCCAGCUCAGCAAAUGCAGCUACUUCUGACGUGCACAGCAAGCACCCUGAGAAACUAAAAAAAUCUUUAAAAGUGAAAACACGUUCUGGACGGAUAUCUCGACCUCCCAAGUACAAAGCUAAAGAUUACAAGUUCAUCAAGACAGAGGACUUGGCUGACGGCCACCUGUCAGAUUCGGACGACUACUCGGAGCUGAGCGUGGAGGAGGAGGAAGACCCGCGGGGCGGGCAGGCGCUCUUCGAUGCGGCGAGCCACUCCCUGAGGCCCAAAAUGUUUAGGUGUCCGGCAUGCGAGAAGUCAUACAUCGGAAGAGGGGGGCUGGCCCGGCACUUCCGGCUGCAUCCAGGCCAUGGGCAGCUGGAGCCUGCGCUGGUGCCUGUGGAGAAGGCUGCUGGGAGCGUGACCCAGGGCCUGGGGGAGGGGAAGGCCCGGAGCCCGGCCUCCCCGGAGCUGUCCACGCCAGCCCUGCUGAGUGAGGAGGGGGCUCGGCCUGCCCAGGUCAGCCUGCAGAAGGGCUGGUCUGCAGAAGCGGGGGAGAUGGCGGUGUCCGAAGCAGGAAAUGGAAGCUGUGCAGCCCUGCUAGGGUCGGAGACACACGGCGGACCUGGUAGCGGCUACUCUGUGGCACCCGCCGAGCCCAGCACCCUGGUCCGGGAGCAGAGCAGGCCAGGCCCCCCGCAGGCCGGUGUGACCAGGAGCCUGGCCAGGCUCAAGGAGUUUCUCCAGCAGGGUGACCCGGAGGACUUGGUGGCAUUAGCUCUCCCCACGCUGACUCAGGCCGUGACCGUGUAUGAAUUUCUCCUGCUGAAGGCUGGAGGCCACCAGGGAAAGCCUUUCUUCCCAGCCGUGUACAGGGAAUUCGAAGAGCUGCACAAGCAGGUCAAGAAGAUGUGCCAGGAGUACCUCAGCAGCCCCGGCCCGUGCCCCCUGGAGCCGCUGGAAAUAAGCAACAGCAAGCUCGCAGAGUCUCUGGGAAUCCCGGAAGGUCCCCGGCAGAAGGAGCUGCAUGGGGACUGCUCGGCCCCCCAGUGUACCAGCCGGCCGGUGGAGGAGCCAGAGCAGGCCUGCGCGCCCAAGAGGGGCCAUGAGAAUGCAGGGGAGGCGCCGGCCUGGGUGAAGAGGGCCCGAAGAGGGGCUCGGCCCCCAGAAUGCAGGUCUGACGGCUGCCCGAAGCCAGCCUCGUGGGCCCCGGCUGCCGGUCCCACCCCUGGAGUCAACGGGAGCGCCUCCCUGCGCUCUGAGGACGGCCUUGAGGCGCCCACGUGGCUGCGGUGGGAGGCCUCGCUUGACCCCGAGGCCCCUGGUCUCUCGAGUCAGGGUGUCAGCAUGCCAGGUCUUAACACGCGGGCAGGAGAGCUGGGGAUGCGGGCCCGGGGUCACGUGUCCCCCCAGGAGGAUGCUUGGGAACGCUCCUCAGACCAGAACUUGGGGGACAGUCUGGGGAGCCCCUUGAUGGCUGCUGGAGAGGAGGCCCCACUGCCCGGUGGGCCUGGAAGCAGGGUGGCAGGAAAGCCCUGCAAGACGCAGGCCUCCCUGCUGAAGAGCCCUCCCUCCAGCGCUGGAGCCGCCCUGCUCCCGGAGGGUGCCGCCCCCUGGCUGGAGGUCCCCUGGCCCAUGGACGACCUUUUGGGAAGCCACGAGGGGACGCCGACGCUGAGCUGAGAGGACUGGAGGGCGCGCUGACCAACGGGCACCGUGAGUGGCGGGCUUAGGGAGAGGAGCAGGCGCCCAUGCUGACUUCCGGAAGGUCAGCUGCGCCCCAUGCAGGUUUCAGGGUGUCUGGGGAGGGGGACUUGGUCAUCAUGACUGGUGCAGUGGGGCCUGCCCUGCCAAGGGGUCCCCUAGAGCAGGGGAGGAGGUGCCUCAAGUGCAGUAGGGCAGAGCCCCAGAGCUAGAUGUGCCUGCAUUUCAUCCCAGGAGGGUCUGUGUCAGCUGCCCCUGGGCUCCUGCCGGGAAGCAGUGACAGGAGCUGCUUCUCAGGCGAGGCUGAGGAGGGUCUGCAAAGGGCGGGAGAAGGGGUGGGCGCGAGAUGGGGGAAUCCAGGCUGCUUUUCCCAGCUCCUGGAAUGCAAGAGACCAAGCUGUGAAACGGGGAACUUCCAGAGAUGGGGGAGACCAACUGGUGCAUUUCUGAGGGCCCAGAGACUUGGAACUGCAGCAGAUCCCCUCUGGCAGCUGACAGAGCACAUGAGAGCCCAAUAAACACUCCUUGCU